CUGAAAACUAUUAUUUCACAAACUUGAAUUUCGGCACGUAAGCUAAUUUCUAUAGUGAUGAAGUUCUUCUUAAUUUUCCCAUUAUUGUUGGUGAUAAUUUUCGAUCAGUUCGAUUUGACCAAUGGUGCGCCGUCUGAUCCAGCGUUCACAACAUUUUUGAACAUCUUGCAAACAAAAAUUGAAUCUCUGCGGGGUAAUCGAGGACAUAAUGAAACAGAUAAUUUGCACAUUGUUUUUCAAAUUGACUCUAACAUGGUGCCUAAUAACAUAAAGCGACCCCGUUGUAAAAAAAUUGAAGAUAGAUUGAUAGAAUUUGCCGAUAAUCCGGUCGGUUCUUCAAGAAGACAUGCUGCGCUUCCAGUUCCCAACACUUUUCUUGGAAAUUGCAGACAAAUCUCUGGAAUGUUCAAUGAAAUUCGUAGUUCAAUUUUGAAUGAGCCAACUAUUGAAGAAAUAGAUUCGGACGACGAUGAGGAAGAAUUAAGCUAUGAUCAAUUACUUGAAUCUUUUCGCGGUAAAACCAUCAACAAUAGUUAUAUAAGUAGGAUUACUGAAGAUAUGAUAACUGGUAUGAACCAAGAUUAUAAUGAUAUAUGCAGCAGAUUAAUUAAUCAAAUGAAUGUAGUAAAUACAGAAAGGGCUGAAUACAUAAAAUUGAUACUCCCAAAAAUGCAGAUUAUGUCUCUUGCUUCGAUGCAAAACAUUUUUGAGACAAUGGAUGAACUUCAGCAGAUACUAUUAUCGGAACUCGAGAAAACAGUAGACAUUGUGUUGGAAUUCAAUGUUUACAGAGCCCAAUUGGCACGAUCAUUCAUGCAAUUGUGAUAAACGCAGUAGUUGUAUUAGAGACACACAUCUCUAGUAAAUUACCAGAAGUGACGCUGUACAUUAUUGAAUACCAGUUGACAAACAUUGUACUAUUUUAAAAGCAAUAAUAAAUACAAAUUAUUCAAUGAAACCA